GUUUGCGCGCUGCUUGGAUGCGCUCGGUGUGCGCGUGGCCAACUCUUCCACUGAUUGUUGACAAUGCGCACUGCGCGCGUGCACUACCUCUGCUUAGAGGAGUGAGCUGGAUUCUCUCUUUCAGAGCAGUUCGGGAGACAGGUAUCAGAGACGCCUUUUCCUUUCUAAAACAACAGCAACUAAUUAUUGGACCAGUUGCGUAAAACGGAGCGGCACUGCGAACCGCGGAAUCAGGUGCACUGAUCGCACUCUUUAUUUGACGGAGCCCUCAAAUCAUGCGCGCGCUUAUUGAUGAAAAGUUAAUUCACGCAUACUUGAAUUAACACAGACUUCGGGGCAAGUGAACCGGAUAAAGCGCGCUCAUUAAUUACUCGUCGCACGUUCGCACGGUGAAUAAGCAAUCGUAAUGUCAAGGAAAAAAGCGGUCAGAGGAAAGGGGGGUUCAAAUACACCGAGCUCAUCUCCGAUCAGCGAUCAAGAGAAGGGUAAGAAAGUCCCGACGCAGUCCAACGGAGCGGUGCAUCCCAGCAGACCCUCUCUCAGCAGCAGCGGGGAAUUCUACGACAUCGCCUUCAAGGUGAUGCUGGUUGGUGACUCUGGGGUGGGGAAAACCUGUCUGCUGGUUCGCUUUAAAGAUGGAGCGUUUCUAGCUGGGAGCUUCAUCUCAACAGUCGGUAUAGACUUCAGAAAUAAGGUGCUGAGCAUUGACGGUGUGAGAGUUAAACUACAGAUCUGGGACACGGCGGGACAGGAGCGAUUCAGGAGUGUGACGCACGCCUACUACCGAGACGCUCACGCUCUUUUGCUGCUGUACGAUGUGACAAAUAAAGCGUCUUUUGACAACAUACAGGCCUGGCUCACAGAGAUUCAUGAGUUCGCUCAGCAGAACGUCGUGAUCAUGCUUCUGGGUAACAAGGCUGAUGCUACACAUGAAAGGGUUGUGAAGAGAGAGGAGGGUGAAAAACUGGCCAAGGAGUUUGGCGUUCCCUUCAUGGAGACCAGUGCUAAAUCAGGCCUGAAUGUGGAGUUGGCCUUCACUGCAGUGGCCAAGGAGCUGAAGCACAGGGAGAUGAAGGAGCCGAACGAGCCCAAGUUUCAGCUGCAGGAGUACGUUAACAAGGAGAUGAAGGGAGUCGGCUGCUGUCGCUCAUAAACCCUCUCUCUCGCUCUGUCUGUCUGUGUGUUUUUCCACUUUCAUCCUCUUCUAUCACAUAAAUUGGUUGCCUGUCAGAUAUUCUGCGGCUCUGGAGACUUGUGUUCUAUCUUUGGACCUCACAGCUCACAAACAAUAGCCAAUGACACAAAGCAAACACGGCGUGAAGAGCAGCCGUCAUCAGAAUGCAAUUGGCACAUCCUUAAAUAUUUGCACCCCACAUAAACACAGACCCACCUCUCGGAGCAGCUGCGAAUUUACGUUCAACUCAUGACCAUGAACUUUGCUUUUAUUGCAUGAAAAAAUCAGUCAGUAGUUAGAUUUAGAAGCACAAACUGAUCCCAAACAUGCAAAUUUAAACUAAAGAAUUAGUAGAAAAAUUGUCAGAUUAAAAAGCUGCAAUUACCUUUUUGAGUCGGAAACAUUAAAUGUUUAUUUCAAUUAAAUUUAUCAAAGGAACUCGCUUUUUUUACACUUACUUGCAUGUCAUAUUCUCUCCAGUUUUGUCUUUGUUAUUUAUCAAUGUCUUUUCAUAAAAUAUGAACUCAUAUUAAAGAUGUAUGUAUUGUAUAUAUGAAAAAUAUCAUAUGGUACUUACAGUAGUCUGCAUAAAAUAGAAU